AUGGGCGACAAAUCGUGCUAUAUGGGAGCUGGAGGUUACUCAGGCUACAUGGGAUCCGGAACAGGUGGUGGCUCGUAUACCAGAGAAGAGUAUGCAGGAAACACUGGGUCAACUGGUGGAUCAUCACCGCCACCGAAGCCGCAGAGCAACUAUGCAUCUAACGUCUCCGGCAGCGACAACCAGGCGUCGGCCUACUUCGGACCCAAAUGA